AUGGCUUCUUCUUCAUUCUCUCUCACGAAUCAAAUAAUUGGUACCAAAUUCUCGCCACCGUCUCCUCCGCGCCAUAUCGGUUUCCGCCGCUCACUUCACGUAUCCGCCACCACCGGGACGGCUUCUAGUAGCAGCAAUGUUUCACAAACAGCGUCGUUGUAUGAACUCCUGGGAUUACAGAUUAGUGCUUCAGGUCACGAAAUCAAGACGGCGUACAGAAGAUUGGCCAGAAUCAUGCAUCCCGACGUUGCAUCGAACGUCGGAGAAGAUGAGAUGUCAGCAGCCGAUCAGUUUAUGAGAUUGCAUGCCGCUUAUGCCACUCUAUCUGAUCCUGAGAAGCGUGCGAAUUAUGACCAAGCACUUUCCCGGCGAAGGCGGCGGCCAACUGUCUCGGAGAGUGUGUAUGCUGGGAACGCUGGCCGGAACCGGAAUUGGGAAACUGACCAGUGCUGGUAG